AUUCAAUAUGGCGACAGCGGUAGUUCAACAUGAACAGAACUAUUGCUCAUCAUCAUAUAUUAGUGCUUUGAAUAAUAAUUUAAGUAUAUAAAUAUUAAGUGAUAUGAAAUUAUGGAAAUUAAUUGAAUUAAAAUUGUCAAGAUUAUUAAUUGUGACUGUGAUAAUUAUUCAACUGUAGCUAUGAAAAGAGUUAUUUUAUUUAAAAAUGGCACAGAUGUGAAUGGCAAGGUAUUUAUGGUAACACAUUCAGUUGACGAAAUACUAAAAGCUGCAAGUAAAAAGUUUAAUAUCACUGCCAGCCGGAUAUUUACACCUCAAGGUGGAGAAGUCGAUGACGUUAAAUUAAUCAGAGAUGACGAUGUGCUGUACGUGUCAUGUGGAGAAGAAUUUAUUUCUAAGGACAACAACUCAGUUUCUAGAAAUCAUGAUUGGGUAACACUUAAUGUUGGUGGCAAGUUAUUUACCACCACUAAAAGUACAUUGAUACAAAAGGAGCCAAUGAGUAUGUUAGCCCGGAUGUUUAUGGAAAAUGAUGACAGUAGUGAGUUUAGAAUACCACCAAGUAAACAAGAUAGCAAUGGCGCAUUUUUAAUAGAUCGCAGUUCGGCUUAUUUUGAACCAAUAUUGAAUUAUUUACGGCAUGGACAACUCAUUUUAGAUAAUAAUAUUAGCGCUGCAGGCGUACUAGAGGAAGCACGCUUUUUUGGAAUUGACGGUAUUAUUAAUUCUUUAGAAGAAAUGGCACUAGUUGAAAAACAAAAACGUAAAGGGACCGACGCGCUGACACGGCGUGAUGUUUUAAAAGCUAUUUUGUCGACACCAGCUUCUUCUGAAUUACGAUUCCAAGGUGUUAAUUUAGCAGGCGCUGAUUUGUCACGAUUGGAUUUACGGAAUAUCAAUUUCAAAUAUGCAAAUUUACGAGGAUGCAAUUUAGUUGGCGCUAAUCUGUCAGGAUGUUGCCUAGAACGGGCGGACUUAUCAUUUGCAAAUCUUGAGAAUGCUCAACUAGUAUGUGUGAAGAUGCUCUGUGCGAAUUUAGAGGCGGCAAAUUUACAUUCCUGCAAUUUCGAGGAUCCUGGUGGGCUCUCAGCUAAUAUGGAAGGCGUUAAUUUGAAAGGAGCCAACCUUGAAGGCAGUAACAUGGCGGCUGUUAAUUUACGUGUUGCUACUUUGAAAAAUGCAAUACUCAAAAAUUGUGAUUUGAGAUCGGCUGUACUAGCUGGAGCUGAUCUAGAGUCUUGUGAUCUAUCCGGCUCCGAUUUGCACGAAGCAAAUUUACGUGGUGCGAAUUGGAAGAAUGCGGCCUUUGAACUGAUGCAAACACCACUGCACAUGUCUCAAACAGUGCGAUGAUAAUAAAUGUGAUUGUGAUAGUCUUUUAUAUUAAAUAAAUAACAUUUGUUCGGUUUUUAUUUGGCAAAGUUACUAUGCCGACUAUUUUUAUUAUGAAUAUCGGCCUUAUAAGUGUUCUAUAAAAAAAAGUAGGUCUACGUCAACAACAAAUCGUCCAUUGCUUAUAAAAUUUGCUUGUAAAUUCCUCCCAGUGUUACACAACAAUUAUUAUUUUUUUAUUAAUGCAUAUUUAAUUAUUUUUAUAAUGAUAUAUUUAUAGUUAUUAUUUUUUUAUUUCGUUAUAAAUAGAUGUAGCGUCAACAUCAAGUAUAUUAGA